AAUCACCGAACGCAAAUGCAUUGGGACCGAAGGAAGAGCCGCCGGUCCAACCGAUUCUCCACGCUUUGGAAGAUGCACAACUUCAGUAGACAUUUUCACCAGAAGCAGGAUCAGUUUGAUAACUUGGAGAAGCACACACAGUGGGGUAUCGACUUUGUGGAGAGGUACACCAAAUUUGUCAAAGAGAGAUCGGAGAUAGAGCUCAACUAUGCAAAGCAGAUUAGGAAUCUUUCAAAGAAAUACCAGCCGAAGAAGAACUCCAGAGAGGAGGAGGAGAACAAGUACAGCUCGUGCCGGGCCUUCCUGUCCACGCUGAACGAGCUCAAUGACUAUGCGGGCCAGCACGAGCUGGUGUCGGAGAAUCUGACGGCGCAGAUCAUUGCCGAGCUCGGGAAGUACACGCAGGAGCUCAAGUCGGAGAGGAAGACGCAUUUCCAUGAUGGACGGAAGGCUCAGCAACAUAUUGAAAACUCCUGGAAGCAGCUGGAAUCAAGCAAGAGGCGCUUUGAGAGAGACUGCAAGGAGGCGGACAGAGCCCAGCAGUACUUUGACAAGAUGGACGCCGACAUCAACGUAACGAAAGCAGACGUGGAGAAGGCGAGGCAGCAAGCUCAAAUGAGACACCAGAUGGCUUCAGACAGUAAGAAUGAAUAUGCAGCUUACCUGCAGAAAUUCAACCAGGAGCAAAAUGACCAUUACUACUCCAUCAUCCCCACCAUAUUUCAGAAAAUCCAGGACAUGGAGGAGAGGAGGAUUGAGCGGUUGGGAGAGUCCAUGCGCACCUUCGCUGAGGUGGACCGCACCAUCCUGCCUAUCGUGGGCAAGUGCCUAGACGGCAUGACUAAAGCUGCAGAAUCAAUUGAGGCCAAGAAUGACUCCAAGCAGGUGGUGGACUCAUUCAAGUCGGGCUUUGAGCCCCCGGGCGAUGUGGAGUUUGAAGACUACGGCCAGGCGAUGAAGAGGGCCGUCUCGGAGACCAGCCUGUCCAACUCUGGGCGAGAGGCAAACCGAAAAGUCGCUAGCGACGGACAACUGUGGCCUUUCAUCAAGAAGAACAAGUCACCCAAGCAGCCGCGCGAGCCCCUGGGCCACCGCCUCAACGACCUCAUGACCUCCAAAUCCAAAAUGCACUGCCUCCGGAGCCUCAAGCGAGGGCUUUCUCUCAAGCUGGGCUCUGGACCAGAGGACUUCAGCCACCUUCCACCAGAGCAGAGGAGGAAGAAGCUCCAGGCUAAGAUAGACGACAUCAACAAAGACAUUCAGAAGGAAAUGGAUCAGAGAGAUGCUUUGACAAAGAUGAAGGACGUGUACAUUAAGAACCCUCAGAUGGGCGACCCCAUAAGUCUAGACCCCCGACUGGGUGAGAUCGCUCAAAACAUCGACAAGCUACAGGCAGAGGCUCAGAAGUUUGAGGGAUGGCUUGCCGAGGUUGAGGGCAGAUUGCCAGUGAAAAGUGACCCACCCAAGAGGCAAAGCGUAGUAUUCGAGACUCAGAACAACGCACCCGUUACAGUUACCAACAACUGUGCACAGGACAGAGAAAGCCCAGAUGGCAGUUACACAGAGGAGCCCAGCUCCGAGCCGCCGGUGAAAGCAGCCGACCCAGAGUUUGAUGAUGAGUUUGAGGAAGAAGAGACCUUGCCCACCAUAGGCACCUGCAAGGCCCUGUACCCCUUUGAUGGCACGAAUGAGGGCACCAUCUCAGUAGCAGAGGGCGAGUUGUUGUAUGUGAUCGAGGAAGAUAAAGGCGAUGGCUGGACGCGUGUGCGCAGGAACGAGGAGGAGGAGGGAUAUGUGCCCACCUCUUAUGUGGAAGUCUUUCUGGACAAUAACACCAAAGGUUUCAAGACUUAUAUUUAAUGUGUUUAUUCAGUUUACUGUUGAGGGGGUAAACUAAACAUCUCUUCUGCCCUAAGUGUAUUUAAUGUGUGUGUGAGAGAGAGAGUAUGUGUGUUUGGGACAUGUUUGUAAGUCAACAAAAAGCUACUAAGUUCACAGCAACAUAUUAUAUGAGCUGUGCACAGUCCCUCUCUGCAGUUCUUCCAAGGUGCCAGUAGAGGGUGCCCCAGACCAAAACCUAAAGAGCUCUGAACUUUGGGGCAUGCUCCUGCGUCUCAGGAACCAAACACUGGACACAGCCCCACAUUUCUGAAAUGUCACUGGUCACCAGUAGCCGCAGCUGGAGAGCUUGUUUUAGACAGGCAGGUAACUGUGAGUUUGCCAGACUGGUCUGUCUGUUUUCACUGGAAUGUGUUUCAGUAUACAUCUAAAAGGAUACAUGGUGACGAUAGAAGUGUGAGAUAUAUCAGCGAACAGAUUCUUGUCCACUCUCAUGUGAGAUUGACCGGUGGCUUGCCUGAAAACUCAUGAUGUUGCAUGUCGGCAUGAGUUCAGUGUGUGCAUAUCAAGUCAAUCUUCCUUUCUUGCUAAAAGACUGUAAAGUCUAGAAUAGUCAUGAUGCUCAAUAUGGAAUGUUACAGCAAGAACUGAACUGUGUCAUCCCCAUGACGAUGAGCUUGUUUUUAAAUAUUUAGCUAAACGUGUAAAGGGUCUGAAUUUUCAUGUUUAUAAACUAAGAUGUGAAGAGCUAAACAGAAGUGCUGGUCUCAGGCAUAAUGGGAAUAUUUGGGAAUAUCCCCCUGAUGUGUUUCAGAGCCAUGGAGGGACUGGUGACCGGGGCUUAGCCGAUUCCUAAAAGAGUGUGAUGGCUCGGUGGAAGAUGGAGGAAAAGCUGCCUGAGAUAAACACUGCACUCAGAAAAGUGUACAGGAGAGAUGGAGUGAGAGAAUGACGGAGGGGAAGAGAUGAAGAGAGCUGAUAAAAGAGGAAUAGCUGAUUUUUUUUAAGCUUUGAUACUCCGAUCUAUUUUCUUUUUCUGAAUCUCUCUUGUGUGUCAGUGUGUAGCUGGCACCGUAAAAAGAAAAAAACAACCUGGGUCAAAAUCAGAAUCAAAAAUCAAAAACAAAGUCAGCUCUCAUACAUGUUUUAUAAAAUGUUUCAUUGUUUUUUUGUCUUCAGUUCAGCUCUGGUGUCUGUUACACGUGUUCUGUCGUCACGCUGUGUGUUGUCCAGUUGCGCUGGUGUUUGCACAGUUCGUCACACACAUUGUACCGUUCUGCUGCUCCUGCUCUUUGAUACCUUGGUUUUUGUGACCCUUGGAAAAACAGGGCCGUGGAGGCUGUCCAGGUAGGAUCAGUCAUCGCCACAGGGGGGCGCCAUUGCAUAUGCAUGCAGACGACUCACUUCUCUGCUCUCCUGUCUCUUCCUCUCAUUUUUUACUCACUCUGUUCAGUUUGGUCUUGCAAGAGUAUGCCACGGCGAGAGACGUCAUGAGGGUAAAUUAUUAAAUCCCACCCUAGAACUUUCUGGAACUGGAAACAAACUUCAUGUUUAGCUGGAGGCCAUAAGUCGGCACACACAGAAAGAGUCCAUAACAGCUUUGGAAUGACGGGUGUCGUUUCUAAAACCGAACAACAAUGUGUAGUGUGCCAGUGGGAUCC